UUAACUUAGCCUCAUGUGUAGUUUUGAUGUUUCCAGUGCCACUCACCAGACAGUAGAUUCCCCAUGUUGUUGGUGGUUUUGUUGUGUGCCAUCGAGUCAGUUCUGACUCAUGCCCACGCUGUAGGAUAGAGUAGAACUGUCACAAAGAGUUUCCAAGGAGUGGCUGAUGGAUUUGAACUGCUGAACUUUUGGUUAGCAGCCUGAGGUCUAGAUUAUAGUGUAAGCAAAUCCUGUUCUCUCCCAAAGCAAAUAGCAAGCUUUGAAUGCUAGAAAUCUGAAUUAGGUAUACUCUAAGCCAUCCUUGUUUGAAAUUAAAACUCAGUCAACAGGCCGAAUGCAUACUCUAAAUUUGACCAUGGUCUGGCCUAAUCAAAUGGCUGUGGGGAGGGUUCACUAUAAGAGCUACAGUAAAGGGCCCGUUCAUGUCGCAACUGUGUGUUCUAUCCUAUGCUGAAACACUAAGCUACAAGUUGACAUAUCACUCUUCCUCCUCCUAUCUUCCUUUUUCUCCUCAUCUUCUUCUACUUUCUCUCUCUCUCAUUUUUAUCCUUACAGGAUGAGGAGCUUCACCUCUUUUGACCCGUGACAGGAUGAUAUACCACAACAGCAGCAUUUUUCAUCCAGCCACGUUUUUCCUUCAAGGAAUUCCAGGUCUAGAAGGGAUCCAUACCUGGAUCUCCCUGCCAUUUUCCUCUGUUUACCUUGUGGCUUUGUUGGGCAAUGCCACGAUUCUCCUAGUAAUCAAGACAGAGCAGACCCUCCGGGAGCCCAUGUUCUACUUUCUGGCUAUUCUUUCAACAAUUGAUUUGGCACUUUCUACAACCUCUGUGCCCCGCAUGCUGGGCAUCUUCUGGUUUCAUGCUCAUGAGAUUAACUUUGGAGCCUGUGUGACUCAGAUGUUUCUGAUACAUACUUUUACUGGCAUGGAAGCUGAGGUUCUACUGGCUAUGGCCUUUGACCGUUAUGUGGCCAUCUGUUCUCCACUCCACUACACAACCAUCUUGACAGUCCGUGUACUGGUGAGCAUUAGUAUGUGCAUUAUAAUUCGUCCAGUCCUACUUACACUUCCCAUGGUCUAUCUCAUCUACCGCCUACCCUUUGGUCAGGCUCGUAUAAUAGCCCAUUCCUACUGUGAGCACAUGGGCAUUGCAAAAUUGUCUUGUGGAAACAUCCAUGUCAAUGGUAUCUAUGGACUCUUUGUAGUUUCAUUCUUUGUUCUGAACUUGGUCCUUAUUGGCAUCUCCUAUGUUUACAUUCUCCGUGCUGUCUUCCACCUCCCAUCCCAGGAUGCUCGGCUGAAAGCCCUAAGUACGUGUGGUUCUCAUGUUGGAGUCAUCUGUGUUUUCUACAUCCCCUCAGUCUUUUCUUUUCUUACGCACCGAUUUGGACAAAACGUACCACGCUAUAUUCACAUUCUUAUUGCCAACCUCUAUUUGGUUAUCCCACCCUCACUUAACCCCAUCAUUUAUGGUGUGAGGACCAAGCUGAUAAGUGAACGAGUGUUCCAUGUUUUUACUAAAAAGUAG